AUGUCGACCACAACUCCUGCCGUCACCAUAGACCACACCGGCUACCCAAACAUCAUCGACAAGAUCGUCAACCACAGCGACGCCGACGCGCUGCUCGCGCUGCGCGGCACGUCCCAGGCUUUCCGCGCGCGCUGCGACCGCCUUCUGUUCCACCACGCCGUCAUCGACCUCUCCGACGAGGACAAGCGCAGACCACCACGCACCGCAGACGACGCCCGCAAUUAUCGCGGCACUGACGACCGCGUCGCCAAGUCAGUCAAGUCUCGUUCGUGCAGCGGCGUCCUACCCCCACUCUACAGGAAGGUGCGCAUCCUCGACCAUGUCACCGAGCACCACCCCCCACUGCCAGUGGCGAGGCGCUUCACACAGAUACACACUCUCCGCCGCACCAACCGCGCAUGGGCGCUCAUGGGGCCUGCAAUGUUCUACCCUUCCGACGUCGUCGUCGACUUUAUCGAUGUGGCCACCGACCUCGUUGGCUACAUGUACCGCUCCGUCAUCAAGAUUCCACUCAAGACCGAGCGCCGCGUCAUGCACUUCCACUAUGACCCCGCGGUCGACAUUGAAAGGCGUAUCGGUAUUGAGGUCUACAACGAGGUCGCCGGCGCGUGCGACUUCACCUUUGUUCUCUGGGCAGAGAGUGUCCCCGACGCCCCACCUGCCUUUCUCAGCAUGGCACUGAGGUCGGCCGUGUUGACGGCCGGAGACCGGUUGAACGACACUCUGCACCCAACCCUGACCAUCACGGUCGUCCUCCAACAUGGUCUCGAUCCUGCCGAUAUGGACAGGUGGUUCCAGCGCAUGAUGCAGCCCCGUCCAUACGAGUACCACGUCCGCGAUCAGAAAGCCUUACGCAAUGCGAUGAGGUUCAUCACGAUCGACGAGUGGUGGGCGGAGCUCGGGGAGGCCAAGGACGUCGAGGGCGUGUGGCCUCAGGCCUUGGCUUGA